UUUGCCGAAAGCCAAAGAGUAAGUAAAUGAAAUUAUAUUCAUGUUUCUAUCACAUUUGGACUUGGAUGAAGCUUAAAGGAUUCUAAUACUGACUUGACAGAACAGUUCCACCAAAAUGGAGUCUGCUGGUGAUUGGUGUCUUAUUGAAAGUGAUCCCGGUGUAUUUACACAGUUAAUCAAAACAUUCGGUGUUAAUGGAGUUCAAGUUGAGGAAAUGUGGUCAAUAGAUGAAGGGGAGGGAGUAUUUGAUAAUUUAAGGCCUGUUCAUGGACUUAUUUUCCUCUUCAAAUAUUUACAACAUGAGGAGCCACCACAUCCCGUUGUGACAGAUGGUCGCUUGGAGACGAUAUAUUUUGCCAAACAGGUUAUAAACAAUGCAUGUGCUACGCAAGCUGUUGUAAGCUUAUUACUGAACUGCAAUCAUCCAGAUGUAGACUUAGGACCUGAACUAACGAAGUUAAAGGAAUUUAGUAUGUCGUUUGACCCAAGAAUGCGUGGUCUCACUCUAAGCAAUUCCCAGACUAUACGCACUGCCCACAAUUCAAUGUCCAAUCAAACACUUUUCGAAUUUGAUCAAAAGGCACCAACAAAAGACGAAGAUGCAUAUCAUUUUAUUGGUUACAUUCCCAUAAAUGGUCGUCUUUAUGAGCUGGAUGGUCUUCGGGAAGGGCCAAUCGAUCAUGGUCCGAUAGCGCCUGGACAAGAUUGGCUCAGUGUUGUACAACCUAUUAUAAAGAAGAGAAUCAAUGUGUAUAAUGAGGGUGAAAUUCAUUUUAACUUGAUGGCUCUCAUAUCGGACAGAAAAAUGUUAUACGAGAGACAAAUACAAGAAUUAGUUCGCGAAACUCAAAUUCUCGGUAUGGAAACAGACGAUACUGAAAAGGAAAUACGUAGAUUGAAAAUGUUGAUCGAAUAUGAAGAUGCAAAAAUGUUAAGAUACCGUCAGGAAAUGGCGCGCAGGAGACACAAUUACUUGCCGUUUAUCAUAACCCUUUUGAAGAUAUUAGCUGAAGAGAAGAAACUGUUGCCGCUGUACGAGAAGGCUAAGGAGCGCGCGCUCAAGAAGGGUCAGAAGAAAGUAAGAGUAUAACAGGAAGCUUCGGGAGGGCGCAGGGUUGAACGAUCACGUCCCCCGCGCCGCGUCUCCCCGUCUAGCCCCUCGCGAGUGCUGGCCCCCUCUGAACAUAUGCAAUAUUCUUUAGCUGAUUUAGACUCUAUAUUUAUAGAACCACAAGGUUCGCGUACUCAAACUUUUGAAUUUGAACCACAACCGAAAAUGCCAGAUAACUUCAUGGAAUCCCCUAAUAGUAUAGAUUUGGACAUGAUGCCAUCGGAUGAUUUUCUAAAGGAUGUUAUGCUAGAGCCUGGCUUGGAACACAGUCUUUUAGAUGUUGAUAAUAUAUUUGAUGAUAAUUUGAUGCUUGGGACAGAUGAUUUACCUCAAGGCGAUAUACUGGAUACAGAUGACUUUCUCUUAAAUAACUAUUUAAACCAACCGGAGCCUGAACAGAGACAAGACAAUUUAGAUUAGUCAUUGUAUUAUGCUAAUAUAUCAUUAUGUAUUCUCAUGCGGCGUUUAACAAUAUUUAAUAGCUGUAAAGCUUUUUCGAUAUUAUCGCUUUGUAGAUUUAUGAAAUAUAAUAUACUUUGUAAUAUUGUAUAUUUUUGUUCUGAGUUGGCAUUUUGCGAUAUUUAAUAGCAGAUAAACUCUGCGAUAAUAUCGCUUCGUAGAUUUAUUAAGUAUAAUAUAUCAUACAUUAAAAAUUUAAAUUAGUAAAUGGUGAUUAUUUAUGGAAGGACUAAACUUUGUCGUUAUUAUAAUAAUAUAAUGUUCUGCAAUAAUUUAUGAAGAAGUAUUCUCUUUCUAAUGUAGAAUUGUUUGUAUUAUAAUGAAAUAUUAAUUAUUCUACAAAUAAUACUUAAGAUUUAUUUAAAUCAUCUAAAUGAUGAAAAUUGUUUAUUGAUCUAGUUAAAAUUUAAUUGUUUAAUUAAUAUUCUGAAAACGUCUUAAAAUGUAUAACUACACACUUUUUAAGAGUUCUAACUGGGUGUUAUUGUAAGAUUUAAUAACAAAUAUAAUUGAACAUCACACUGUUUAUAUGAUGAAUUAGUUUCAGAUUAUGUGAUUAUUAUCUAGUAUUCAGUGUCUAUGUGUGUCUGUGUAGUAGUAUCCCAUUGCUAUAUAAAAUUUAGUUAAGUGCAUUCCUCGCAUAAUUAUAUAAAAUACAUAGUUUUUUGCAUUUAUAUUCUUAAUAAAAUAUAAUAUUACAAUAAUCAAUGUAUUAUAUAUGCAGAUAACAAGCGUUAUUUAUCGCAAAUAAAUAUUUUACAAUAAAAUGUACAUUUUAAAAUAUUUAUUAAGUGUAGCGGUUCUUAAAAAUAAAUUAUUAAGUAAAAAAAAAGUUAAGGCUAGUUUUGGUGAUUAAAAAAUCUGAAUGUUGUUGUUUAUAGUUAAUAUUUCAUUAUUGGAAGGGGAUAUACAUAUGUAAAUAUCUUAUGUUACAGAAGAACAUCAAAAUUCAGAAAGGGGUCACAUGAGAUGGUACAAAUAUUAAAAUAUUCUAAUUAGAUUGCUGUCUUUUGUGCUGUUUUGGACACUGAUUUUUAUUUUAGAAACUUACGGCUUCAUCUAUAAAUGUCGUUUAGAGGUUGAUUAUGCAAUGUUGUACUUUUCUUUGAAUAUCAAAUCAACUAUGACAGAAAGAAAUAAAUCAGUGUUUCGAUAAAAAGCCGCUAAACGACGUUUGUAAGGCUGUUCAUAAUUAAUAAGUUAAUCAAUAUACCAUGCAUAGUAUUAUGCUCGUGAAUAUGAGAAUUAAGUUUAUUAUUCACUGAGUUGCCGGAUCCUAUUAAAGGAUACAAUUUUUAUGUCGGCGUUCCGUGUGGCCUUAUUGAUGUAAUUAGUAUAUUAUAUUUCUAGUCUUUUGUGCUGGAUCGACUUACAGUGUAAGUAUUAAAAACAGUUAUGUAAAGCAUUUAUUCAUUUGUUAUAUGAAAAUACCAGCUGAUGUAAAAAUAUUACACGUUGUAACAAAAUUCUUAACUAGAUCGUCUCCAUUUAGUACUUAGAUUUAGGUUCCUAGGUGUCGGUCAAGAUGAGAAAUAUAACAACGUUAAUAAAAUUGUUAAAAUCCACGGCUCUGUUCUUUUUUCUGAUGUCUCGUUAAUAUCUUGAUGUAAUGUAAUUAAUAUCCAUUAAUGCUUAAAUAAUCGUAAUCAAAAUAUAUUAGAUAAAAUAGUUAAAAUGUAUGUAACUGUUGUAAGUCUCGUUUGUGAUUUCGCACCUUGCCAGGUUACUGUAGUAAGGAAUGAUUCAUUUUACGGACCCUAAAAUUGUCUACGAGGCGUAAUUUAUAAGCUGCUAUUGGCUUGUUAUAAAUAAUAUGAGAGAAGAUGAUUCGAAUGUAUGUAAAUGUUAAAUAUUCUGAUAUCCGUAAGCGAACCAAAUUGUUUCUCGGUGUACCAAAGACCGGGCUUUUGUGGUAGUAAUACUAUUGUUAAUAUGAAGUACGUCGAUGCGUUUUUGUGCAAUUUAUUGAAAAUCAAUAGAAUUUUAAAGUUCAAAAGUAGUUCUUCUUAUGACCUUUAUCUAAGUCUAAGAGUUGAAUAUUAUCUUUGUAUCUUUAGAACAGCAAUUGUAACUGCAUUUGUCCUUUUUCAAUGAAGUAGUCGAUGGCUUUCCUUUGGUGUCAAUAAAUAUAGUGUUGCUAAAGA